AUGCUGCUGACCGAGUACCUGGACAUGAAGAACACGCGCACGGCCUCGGAGCCCUCGGCCCAGCUCAGCUACGCCAGCUCCGGCCGCGAAUUCGCCGCUUUCUUCGCCAAGAAGAAACCCCAGAGACCCAAAAACCCUCUCUUCAAGUUUGAGUCGUCGUCCCACGCCAUCAGCAUGAGCGCGUACCUGCGGGAGCAGAGGAGGGAACUGUACAGCAGGAGCGGGGAGCUGCAAGGAGGGCCGGAUGAUAAUUUAAUCGAGGGCGGUGGAUCCAAGUUUGUGUGCAAACCGGGAGCCAGGAACAUCACCAUCAUCUUCCACCCCCUGCUCAGGUAAAAACUGCACAUUUUUACAAAUCUUUUACAAAUUAUUCG